AUGACCAUUCUAUCAUGGCUUUUUAGAAGUACACAAAAUAAAAAUAAUAAAAUAAAUCAAAAUAUAACACCCAACAAUAUUAUAAAUGAUUCAGAAGAUGAAAAAGAUAAUGAAAAACAUAAUGACAAAAAAGAGUUUGAAGUAGAGCAAGAAAUAGAACAAAAACAAAGAGAAGAAGAGGAAGAAGAAGCAGAAAAAGAAAAAGAAAAAGAAGAAGAAGAAGAAAAAGAAAAAGAUGAAGAUUAUAAUUACUUUGAUACUUCUUAUUUUAAUAAUAAUAAUAAAAAUAAUAAUAAUAAUAAUAAUAAUAAUAAUAAUAAUAAUAAUAAUAAUAAUAAUAAUAAUAAUAAUAAUAAUAAUAAUAAUAAUAAUAAUAAUAAUAAUAAUAAUAAUAAUAAUAAUAAUAAUAAUAACAAUAAUAAUAAUAAUAAUAACUAUAGUUUUAAUAAUAAUUUAAUUAAUCAUUUAAAAUCAAAUUUUAAUGAUAAUCAAGCAAAUGAAAUUGUUAUAUCAUUUGAUACAACAGGUAAAAUGUUUAGUUAUUUUAUAGAAUUUAAAAAUCAACUUGAUAAUAUACUAUCAAUACUAUUUAAAAGAUUACCAACAUUAAAGAUUGCAAUAAUGGCACAUGGAGAUUAUUGUGAUGACAGUCGUCAAACUUCAUAUUUUAAUAGAUCAAUAUCAAUUUUACCAUUUACAAAUAAUAUUGAAGAGAUUAAAUCAUUUGUAAAUUCAAUUGAAAGAACUAAUGGUGAUGAUGCUCCAGAAUGUUAUGAAUACUCUAUGAGAAAAGCUAGAGAAUUACCCUGGUCAAUUUAUUCAAAGAAAUCUUUUAUAAUCAUUGGUGAUGAUGUACCUCAUCCGCCAUCAUAUACUGAUCAACAUUUUUAUUGGAGAAAUGAAUUACAUUAUUUAACAAAAAUUGGUAUUAAAGUUUAUGGUGUACAAUGCCAUAAUAAUAGUCAUGCUAAAUUAUUUUAUGAAGAAUUAGCAACAUUAUCAAAUGGUAGAUAUGUUCAUUUAAAAGAUUCAAAAGAUAUUGGUGAUUUAAUAGUUUUAAUUGCAUUUAGAGAGAAUAUAAAUAAAAAUUUCUUAAAAAAUAAUUUAUAUGAAAUAAUUGGUAAAGGUGAUGAUGAUGUUGGUGGUGUAUCACCAUUAAAAGAAAAGAAAAAACAAAUUAAAGAGAAAUUUCAUCAACUAUUUUCAAAUAUAUUUACACGUGAAAGAGAUUCAUCAAUUAAUAUUAGAUUCCCUUGGUGGGAUAUAUCAUUUGAUGUAUCACCAAAUCCAAGAUAUAUGUGGGAUUCAGAUAGUAAAUUAUUUGUAGAGAAUAUAAUUUCAAUUCAAAAUGAGUGUCCAAUUGGUAUACCAACUUCAUUAGUUUCGCCAAUUACAAUUGAAAAGAGUUCUUCUUCAACAACUGUUACACCUUCAUCAUCUUAUGGUAAUCUAUUUAAAAUGACAUCAUCACCAAAUAAAUCAAUCAAUAAUUCUGGUGAUAAUUUAAAUUUUAGUUUAGAUAUAAAUGAUCAACAACAAUCAAUUGAAGUUGUAAUUCCAAUAAACUCCUCUUCUUUAGUUUCAUCAUGUACAACUUUACAUCAAGAAAAUAAUUUUAUUAAAACUAUUACAAAACCUAGAUAUCCAUACACUUCUUUUUGUCUAAAUUCUUCUUUAAUUAAUACUCCUUUCAAUUAUAAUAAUAAUAAUAAUAAUAAUAAUAAUAAUAAUAAUAAUAAUAAUAUAAAUAAUAAUAAUAAUGAUAGUCUUAUUCAUAGUAAUACUAGUUUUUCAAAAGCUGGUAUGUCUAUAACAAUGGAUAAACCAAAAUCUAUAUUUAAAAAUAGUAAUGGUGGAGCUCAUUUACAACCACAACGAAUUUUAACUCCAUCAAGAAAGAGGAAAUCACCUGAAGAAGAAAGAAAUGAUCAACAACAACAACAACAACAACAACAACAACAACAACAACAACAACAGCAACAACAACAACAACAACAACAACAACAACAACAACAACAACAACAAACAUCACAAAUAUUACAACAAACACCACAAACAUUACAACAAGAAUUUGUUAUUAAUGGUAGUACUAUUGGUAGUACAAAAAAUAUGAAUUUAAUUUCAGAAUUUAUUAAAGAACAAUUGAAUUUAGAUUUAACAAAUGCAAAUACACCAACUAAAGUAAAGAAAACAAUAAAAACUACCACUAGUAAAGAUAAUAAUAAUAAAAUAAUAACUUCAUCACCUGUAAAUACAACCUCAUCAACAACUUCAUCAACACCGAAUUCUACAACUUCAACAAUCUCAUCAACUGUUACUACAACAACUUUAAUUCACAAAAAUGAUGAAUCACAUCCAAAGAAAUUUCAAAGAAAUUUAUACUCUACAUCAGUUCAUAGUCAUUAUAAUUCACCAACAUCAUCUUCUUCAUCACCCUCAAUUUCUUCAAAUAAUAGUAAUAUUGAAAAUAAUGAAAAUAAUCAAAAUAUUAUUGAUACCAAUAGCGUUGUUGUUAUUGCUGAUGAUGAUGGUGAUGAUGGUGAUGAUGGUGAUGAUAGUCAAGCAACUACUGCAAGUGAUUGUAGUAGUGGUGGUGGUGGUAAAAAUGAAAAUAACAACAAAGAUACUCAAAUUGAACUAAAAGAUGAUAAUUUAAAAAAAACUCCUUUUGUUGUAUUUGACCCAUCAACAAAUUGUCCAAUAAUCCCAAAAUCAAUUACUCAAACAACUACAACAACGACAACUACAACCACAACUGCGUUAUUAACUUAA